AUGGCCGCCAGCCGCGGCGAUAGGUCUGGCUUGUCGGCGGAGAGCUACGAGAUCUUCAGGGACCGGGCCAUCUGCAUGGCCUACCGCAAGGACGUCUGGAACAUGCUGUCGAUGGGGCACGCGUACGUGGCCGCGGACAAGCAGUUCGGGAAACGUGCGGUGCAGUUCAUGCGCGUCCAGCACAAGCAGGCGGGCAAGGUGAUCUUCUUCGUCAACCACCACGGUCCGAUCCCUGUUGAUACGGGAGGGAUCUGCGGCGGCAAGUCCGUGGCCUACGAGAUGCUGCAGCUGGUGAAGACCAACGCCCAGCAGGGCGACGCCGUGAUCAUCCUCGGGGACGACUUCAACGCCAAUCCGACUUCGGAGGAGAUCGUGGCGUUGGACCAAAAGCUCUCCAGGGAUGUGUCGGAGAAGUCCGGCGUGGGCUCCCUGGACCACAUCUACAGCAACCUUCCAGGUUCUGCACUUGGACCUCCUGAAGACAUCGGCUCUGGCGGCAGUGACCACAACGCGCUCAGCGCGACGUACAAGUUCGGCUCAGGGGAGCCGUUGGCCGCGCCCGCGCUCGACGUCCCGGAGUGGGCGAUCGGCGAGGGCGCGCAGGAGACGGCGCGGACGCCGAGGCCAGCGAGGAGGGCGAGGAGCAGGAGGAGGGCGCCGACGGGGACGCCGAGGACGAUGGCACUCCAGCGCCGCCGCCGGCUGUGCGGACGGCAUCCGCGUCGGCGCCCCUGGCGCCAGUCGCGGCGCCGAGUUGUGCGCAAUACGGCUGCGGCACGUUCGUCGCGGGCCUGGCGUGCCAGUGCGACCCGACCUGCGAGCAGGCCGGCACCUGCUGCAGCGACUUCCUCGCCUCGUGCCCGGCGCCGGUGA